AUGUCCGCAGCUCUGAUCCUCGUAGCCGUCGUUGGCUUGUUCUCCUGUCAAGCGCUUGCACAGAAUGAUCCUACAGAACCGGUGGUUAUCAGGCUUCCGCCAAUGUCUAGUAAACCUAGGUUCCUUUCGGAGCCGCAACCUCCAUCACCGCCAGCUGCACAACAACCAGUGUUUCAACAAACUGCUCCUCCCGGUAGUCAGCAGUUUAUUCCAAGAGGUGGCGCCAGCAUUCCUCCACCACCGCCAGUCACUAUUCCUCCAGAUGUGCAAAAUCAACUUAUCAAAUUCUUUGGAUUGGACUCUUUCGGAAUCCCAGGUCUCACUGGGAACCACCCUAACGGUUUUGCUGGUGCCGUACAAGAGCUGAGAGCAGCAGGAAUUCCAGUGCAAGGGCUUCCUGCAGAGCACAUUAACGGAAACGCUGUUUCACACGCUGCUCCUACUCAACAAGUUUCUGCAGAUGUCCUUGCGCAGGCGAACCCCAAAUUCCAAGACCAAAUCACACAGCUUGUAAACGAGGCUCGUAACUCUGGCCCCUAUGAAGGAAAUGGAGGCCAUGUUCCCCUUCCAGCAGACAAACCAGGAGAGAACGGUUUGAUUGGACUGCUAUCAAACUCUAUCCGUAAACUCGUGAAAGAGACUGGUGUGUCUGAUGCUCUGUCGCAGUCACUGCCCUCACUUUUGGGCUCGGGACACUCUUCAUCCUCAAGUGCUCGACAUGGAGCUGCUGCAGCUUCCGCUUCAUCAGUUGACAGUCCAGUGGUUUCGCAGUCUAUCGAUGAAAACGCCAUCACCAACCAAAUUAGAGGAAAGGACAUUCGUCGCCAACCUUCGACGGCACAGCGCGCACUGUCUGGAAUAUCAUCCUUCCUUGGAGGAGGAGGCGGCAACACUCCAACUCACGCUGGGCUCCCAAGAAUCCCGGGAAUCCCACUUCUGCCUGGAGGAAUUCCUCGCAACGCACAAGGACAGAUCGAUGUCGUCAAUCUCAUCGGAUCGAUCACUCGACGACUGUCUAAUGGAACAACUUUGGCCGAUAUGCUUCCACCUGAGCAGUUGCAAACUUUGGCCGAUAACGUCACAGACGCUCUUCUUCCUGAAACUCCUGCUGAUUUCGAUCUCAGCAAGUUUAUGGGCAGGUGGUUUGAAGGAAUUAAUUCACCUCGUGCCACAGAACAAAGAUGUGUUGUGCAUCAUUAUGGAGGAUUAACGAAGAACGACAAGACCGCCACGUUCACUGCACUGAAGAUCUACAGAGAAGGAUCAGAGUUUGGCCCUGUUAGAUACUCCAUUGGUUAUGCUUUCCGUGGCGGAAAUAAGGAUGCUAUGCUUCAGCUUCACACUAGCGAAAGCAGUGAUGCUCAGCCAUUCUGGAUAUAUAAGCUUGGACCAGAGGGCAAAGAUCCAUUCGGAAAUCCACAGUACGAGUACGCUAUUGUCUCCAAUUGGGUACGGUAUCCAGUCACAGUUCUGGUGCGAGAUCCUGACACGUUCAAAAGCAAAUAUCAAACUGAGGUACUACGCUGGCUAGAAGAUCAAGGGUUCAUCAACGGUUUCAUUCGGGCAUUCAACCUUCUACAACCUUCCGGCUACUCGAGCUGCCAAUACGCUGAUAGCACAUUCGAAGUGUUUGGAAAAUAA